AUGAGAGCUUUCAUCGCAGUUUCAAUGGUGGUGCUGGCCGUGUCUGUACGUGGCAGAGAAAUACGCCAAAGAAGAGAUAUCGACCUUGUAGCAGCCGCCUCUCACGGUUGGGAGAAAGGUGACGGUGGUGAACACCACUUGGAUCAUCACUCCGAGCAUGGUGGACAUGGAGAAAAAGGAUACAAAGGAUAUCACAGUCAUGAACAUGGCGAAAAAGGCCACUCGGACCACGAAGGUCAUAAAGGCCACUACGAUGACCACGGUGGCCACAAGAAGCACCAUCACCAUGACGACGGCUACUAUGAUGAGCACCACCAAGGGGAGAAAGGUGAAAAAGGACAUGGAUUCGAAGAAAAGGGGUAUUUUCAUAAAGGUCAUUCCACUAAAGGUCAUCAUGGUAUCCACAAAAUAGACGAGUUCAAAAAGGACAAACACUUCCAUGACAAACAUGGUGAAUCCGGUUUCGAAGAAGGGUAUGGUGGUCAUCACCACGAAGGAGGCUACAAAGAGGGCGGUCACUUCGACAAAGGACACAAAGACGGUGGAUUCAAUGAACACGAGUACGGAAAAAAGGGCUUCUUUGAAAAGGGUGGACAUCACAGCCAACAUAAAGGACAUCACGAUGAAGGUGCCGGUGAAGAGUACUGGGGUCACGAUGAAGGACAUGGCAGCAAAGGUGGUCAUGAAGGACACAAAGGCUGGGGAUGGCAUAAAGGUCAUAAAUGA